GUGGGAGAUUGAGAAAAUGGAAGGUAGCGGUAGUUUCGGAAGGUUGUUUUUAGUUUCGGAUCAUUCAGUUUCUCACACUCUUUGCUCACAUUUUGGCCACUCUACUUACGGCCAAAACCUUCCCUCGGCCCCAGAGGUUCACCAAAUUACGCUAGGAAAAGGAACGAACAAUGUCAAUCGUUUGAAGAGGAAUCUACUGCUAUAAAGGCUGCAGUGAUGAUGGUGGACAAGCAAGGAGAAAGUGAGGAGGUGAACAUGUCAACUACUGCUAAACUACAAGAAGCUAAAUUAAUAACACCAAGAAUGUCGUCAUCUUCAGUGAUUCCAUGGCCAAGUACACCCAGCAGUACCUAUCUGGCCAUGAGUUCAGCUACCAGGUUGUUGCACACCGUGGUGCCCAAAUCCAUGAUGUCACGCGGAACGUCAGAGAGUUCUCUGCUUCAGACUUUGACGACUCCACCAUUGCAGCUGUUGUACUCCAUGUGGGUACAAACAACAUGUGUAACAAUCAAACUCUGGACCAGAAUGUUGAAGACUAUAAGAACUUACUACAAGUGGCUGUUGAUAGGUUUCCCAAUGCUGGAAUCCUUUUGUCAGGGAUUCUCCCCAGAUUUGACUCUGACGACCUAAACCAUGCAGCACAGCAGUACAACAUCAUCCUUGCACAGCUGUGCACAAGGUUCGCAGACAAGGUCAAGUUUGUAGAUCUUGGAAGUCAUUUCAGAUCCAAUCGCUUCUUUGCCAUGGAUGGACUACACCUUAGCUACCAGGGGAACCCCAGGUUUGCUACCAAAUUGCAAGAGGCAGUAGAGUACCACUUUUCCACUGACCAAGAACAUAUCAGGCGGAAAGAAGCCUUCUCAGCUGGCAUGCAAAAAGUGCCUUUUCCCAAACCCUCCCUCCUGGGACCCAUGUCUUCCACCAAUUCAACAAAAGAAGAGCAAACAUCUCCAAAAGAUAUUGAGCCAAAUGUCCCAAGAAGGUGCCUCAAGUCUGUGAGUGUGAAGCGAAAAGUGUUGACCAGAUCUAGAAGAAAGUGCUGGUACCCAAGGCAAGAGAAGAAGUACAGUGAUGUGUCCAAUUGGCCUGGCUGGACCAGGUGCCAAGGCCCCACUGCUGCCUGCUCACCUAGCGGGAACGGUCCAAAGUGGAAGACUGAGUACCUGAUCAGAACAAACUGCUGCUUGUAUCAGAGACUUGGAAAAACUACACAAAAGACUACAAAAUGUCAGUCUGAAGGAAACACCAGUAGGGGAAAGAAAAGAAAGAAACAUGGAGUAUCAAAGGUCGACCCAAACCCUAGAGACUUGGACAUACUGGAAGAUCCGGACCUACUUGCAGAGUUUUCAGGACAGAGGGCUUCAAACCAAGAGGCAAGCCCCAGACCAGGGAAACGUAAGAGACAGUCUUCUGGGGGACUUCUGCAACAUACAUAUAGAAAGACCAAAGACAACUUUGAAGGGCAGAAAGACAGCAGAGUCCCUUCUCCAUCAACUGAUGAGGAUGAGCGGCAAAGCACAGCAGACCUGCAUGAUGACAAAUGUCCGCCUUAUCCAGUGUAUAUCCGGAUGUGGGAUGGCCAGCUGCUAACAGCAGACGUAGCAGACGACAGUACAGCCAAAGUCCUUUACAAAGCAGUGACAAAUGUCUAUGGGACUGGUCUUCCAGAGGAGGCAGCUUUCUACAGAGGAGGUGUAAAGGUGACACAAGGAAAGACCUUGAAGCACCAAGGCAUUGUUGCAGAGUCUACAGUGGAAGUCCUGUUGAAGCUGAAGGGAGGAGGUGAUAGGGGCGAUGCAGAAGCAAGUGAAGAAGCAAAAGCUGCUAGACACAUGACAGAAUGGACAGUAGAAGAGGCUGUACAGUGGCUACAAACAGAGGGGAAGAUGAGAGCAGAGGAAGCCAAACCUCUCGUUGAAGAGCAGGUAGAUGGGUUAGUCCUAUGGGAAAUAGGUGACCUCACUGUAGAAUCAGUAAAAAUCAUUUCAGUCAAUUGUCUGGUGGGGCGGUAGUCAAGCUUCGAAAAGCCCUGAAAAUCUACAAAAAGAAUUGGCCGAAUUUUGAGCAUGUCAUUCUUCCUGGUGAAUUGCCUGCCAAUGUGACUAGUUGGAGGGAAAAAGAGAUAAAGUCGUGGCUGUCCCAAGUGGUAAAGUUUACUCCAAAGGAUGUUGAUUCACUCUGUACAUUGGAUCUCGAUGGUGAUAGCUUGUUGAUACUAGAUGAAGAAACUGUGGUGUGCUUUCUUCCAGAGAUGAAGAAAGGGCCCUUGAUAAAAUUGUUCUCCUGUCUGAACAGGUUAAAUAGUCUGCAAAACAAGCAGAAAACUGAGGCGGAAGAUGUAGUUAUUGGAGAGGACAAAAAAGCAGGAAUCCCUGUUAGCAAUGUAGAAACUGUUGGUAGCUUAGAUGAAGCUAGUUCCAACACAUCUGAUGAUGUUGGGACUCAAGGUGCCUCAGGGGACACAACUAAGGAAAAGGCAACAGAAGUACUUGUUAGUCCAAGUGGCCCAAAAAUUCAAAGAGAACGAAUAGUAGCAUCGGUUGAAAAUGCAAAUUCUAAAGAGCAGAACGCAACCAAGAAAAAAACAACAGAGGUCCUUAUGGAUGUGAGUGAUACAAAAAAUGAAAGCCAAGAAGGUUUUGCCCCUGAUGACAGUACAAAGGCUGAAACAUCAACAGCUGAAAAAGGUGGUAAAAAUGCCUUAAAAUGCUCAACUGAUUUAAAUGUUACGGCAGAGAAAGCUCUGGUCGAAGAGAAAGGCAUUGAACUAGAAAAGACAUCAGUCCCACUUGUUCCUGUUAAAGAACCCAAGCCUGCCCCAUCUCAAAAACAGGUUUCACAUCAGAAACCUGCACAAGUCCAACUGGUGCAAUCUUCCAGUGCUAAAUCUGCAAAACUGACUGAAAAAGAAACAACAAUUUUACAUUUGCUGAAGUCAUCAGGUCUGAAUCUGUAUGACCCACCGUUAACACCAAGUCCACAGCAAUGCGAGAUAAGCCUCAUAUAUGCACGUCCAAAAAAGAAGAAUGAGUUGGAUCUAUUAUUUAAUUUCCUGGUGAUAAGGAAGGUAUCAGAAGGUAAGUCUUCCAGCUCAUCCCAUACCAAACAUUUAUGGGACACAAUUCGAAAAAAUUUAAGCCACUGGGUAGAAAUUCUACCCAAAAAGUCCAAAAAAGAUUAUUACGUGGACAAAACUGCAACCUCGUCUGAAUAUGUUUUUCGAACUAAAGAUAAGGCUGUUAUCAGUCUGUCCAAAAAAGAUCCUACCUGUGUCCCACUAGGCCAAGUGGACAUGGCAGUACUGAAAUCGAUGAAUGCUUCAUUUACUGUCUUCGUUGUUGAAGAAUCUUUCAAAACAGAUGAACAACAAGAAUAUAUCACUUUGUGUGGUGCUAAGGAUAGCAAGUAUUAUUUCCAGUAUAGUAAGAACGAUAACUGGCACGCCUCUUUCAAUGAGGGGAAAUUGAUGGAAGGACUUGUUCUGAAGCCAGAUGAAACAAAACUGACUCUAAAGAGCGACAAACAACUUUUGGAGAAAAAUGCGGAAACUGAAAACGUGUCGGUACCAACAAAGUCUCCAAAACAGUCGUCCUCUCAACAGGAGACAACAGAGAAAACUCCUGGAAAAAGUGAAAAAGAGACCGCAGUAGGAGCUUCAAGUAUUCCAGAUAGGUCUGCUAAGCUAGAUGUCAGCACCAGUACUAAGACCUCUGAUUAUCAUGGUCAAAAGAGACCUGAUACAGAUGCUUACCAAUCAUCAGAUUCUACAGUGGGAGGCAAACCUAGUAUGAGUGACAGACAAGGAUAUGAUGUGGGGACCCAGCAAAGGUCAGCUCCAUUUCCACAGCCACACUUGUCUGCUCCUUUGACAUUAUCGCCAGAACAUGCCUCUGCAACACCAAGCACUUACAUUACUAAGGAAGCCUUAGGUCGUGAACGGCAAAGACCAUUUCCCUUUGAUAAGAGUGACACAGGGAAUUUCUCCUACAAAAGACGUGCUGUUCUUACAGUAAUGGAAUCAGGGUCAGGUAGCCUUCUGUCACCUAGUCAUGAAUUCAAGGUUUUUCAGCAGAUCAAGCCGACUGACAGGUAUAUUUCCUUUGAUGCUAGGAACUACUUUAUCUUUGAAACACUACGAUUUGCAUCAGGCUGUAUUAAUGCACGCAGUAAUGGCACU